UCCACAGUCGACCGUUCAUUUCACUUCACUCGAUUUUAUUUAGUUUCGGUCUGACACGCGGCCGGUGUGGAUGCUAACGACGCGCGCCCUCUGUCCGUCAUUGGGCUGAAACUCGUACAAACAAUUUUCGACCCAAAGUGCAUUUAGACAUACAUAUUCAAAAUUAAUGAAAUAAAAUGUUGAAAACACUGUGUUUGUUGGCUUAUGUAAGCCUUACCAUCGGCUUCGUUCAUGCAUGGGAUGUCGCUAUCACGGUUGGGGACCAAAUAGAAUUUUAUACAAACCAGACAAAAAUAAGCAAUGAAGGGGUUAGAUUUCGUGAGCUAACCGCCCUCGCCUACGACGCUGUACACAACAUAUUACUGUUCGUAGACACACAGAACGACAACGCGUCUAUAUUCAGUUACGAUAUAACUAAGAAGGAAUACAAACCAUUGGUCAGAAGGAGAUCGUAUGAAAACAUCCAAGGGUUGGCAUUCGAUCCUGUGACUAGGAAGCUGUUUUGGACGGACACUAAUGAGAAGAGUAUAUACUGGAAGUCUUUGAAGCCAGGAUCCAAGAAUGAUACGUACGGGAAUCUGCUUAUUAAAAUGGAUGACGAGGUACCGAGAGCAAUUGCUGUGGAUAGCUGCAGAGGGUAUAUUUAUUGGACGAAUAUAAACAUAACAAAACCAACAAUAGAACGAGCUCGAUUAGAUGGUUCAGAAAGAACUGUAAUUCUAAAUUCUACAAGCAUCUAUAAAGUUGUCAGUAUUGCGAUAGAUCAAAACACUAAAAAUCUUUACUGGAUCGAUGAUAAAGAGGGGAUACAUUACUCCAUAGAGAGUUCCGACUUGGACGGUAAAAAUCAAAAGAAAUUACUGGCUGGCACAAACCAUAUGCCGAACACGAUCACAGUAUCCAAAGACUACAUCUAUUGGGCGGAUUUAGGUUAUAAAUCUGUAUGGAAAUUGCCUAAAAACCCCAUUCCUUAUGAAGAACCGGAAGAAAUUAUACAUUUUCAAGUUGUGCCUCCGUUUGGGAUUGUUGCGAACUAUAGAAUAUCGGAACAGAUCAGUGACGUCCCAGAAUGUGGUGAAUUGGCAUCUAUAGCUGAGAAUAAAACUGUUAUCAAUGAUAUUUACACGAUACCGAGUGACGUUGGCCUGUUCUGUUUGCACGGUGUGAAGGUAGAGGGAAUCACUACGUGCAAAUGUUCUACUGGUUACAUCGGGGAGAGAUGCGAGAUCUCGGUUUGCCAUAACUUCUGUCUGCAAGGUGAUUGCAGCGCUACUGCCAAUGGGGAACCUAUUUGCAAAUGUAAAACUGGAUACACCGGCGCGAGGUGCGAUGUGAAUAUCUGCGAAGGACAUUGUUUAAAUUUUGGAAAAUGUUCCGUAGAUGCAAAUCAAAAGCCAUCGUGUAAAUGUUCCGUAGACUUUGAAGGGGAUCGAUGUGAAAUUGUAAAAGCUCUCCCAGUUACAACUACGACAGUUCCUAUUGAAAAUUGCAAUUGCACCAAAGAAGAUAAUAAAAGUGUAUUACUAACAACAUCUGAAGGUCCGGAUAAAGAUGACGUGUACGUAGAGGCGUGUAACAGUUGGGACCCUAUUAGAGACCCUAUAAUUAUGGCUCUCGGCACAAUGGCGGGGCUGCUGUUUGUAGCUUGUACUCUGCUUGUUAUGAAAGUGUUGAGAUUGAGAAGGAGGCCGAGAAUCAAGAGGCGCAUCAUUGUAAACAAGAAUGUGACCCCGUUGACCGCGCGACCCGACCAAUGCGAGAUUACUAUUGAAAACUGCUGUAAUAUGAACAUAUGCGAAACGCCGUGCUUCGAGCCGCGAAACACAAUAAGACCAAACCUACUUAACGGAAAGCCUGGCAAAGAAGAGAAGAGAAACUUAAUAGCCAACAUGGAGAAUCCAGACGACCCAUAUUAAACUGUCAUAUCAAAAAAAUGCAAAACCAGUUAACGUUUUGGUAUUGUGUCCAAAGUUUAAACUAUUGUGAUAUUUACUGUUAGGAGACAACUGUAGGCAUAGAUAUGUAAAUUAUAGAUGGAUGGUUU